AUUGUUGUCGAAGUGCAUUUAGCACCUGUUUUGUUGGCGACGGUAUUGGGACGUCGUUUGUGUGCAUUUGAUGAGUUAUCUCAACUGGAUCCGGAACUGUACAAAAGUCUCACUUACAUAAAACAUUAUUCGGAUAGUGGCGACGUGGCUGAUCUAUCGCUGACAUUCUCGAUCGAUGAGGAUCGAUUGGGACAGGUGCAUUCAGUUGAUUUGGUACCUGGUGGACGCACAAUUCAAGUGAAUAAUGAAAACAAGAUAGCGUAUGUGCAUAAAAUGGCUCAGUACAGAGUAUUCAAUCAGACCAAAGAGCAAUGUCGUGCAUUUGUUUCUGGCUUUCUUUCGAUUCUGAANGCAUUAUUAUAUGAUAUCGAUCUGCGCGAUCUUCGUAGGCAUGUUCAGUACUAUGGUGGCUUUCAUAGUAAUCAUCGCUUGAUCAAAUGGUUAUGGCAGAUAUUGGAGUGUGAUUUUAGCGUUGAGGAACGUCAUCUUUUUCUGAAGUUCGUAACGAGUUGUUCGCGUGCACCUCUACUUGGAUUUGCAUAUCUUGAACCACCGUUUUCGAUCCGUUGCGUUGAAGUUUCCGACGAUCAG